UUGACAGUUCUGCAGUUUAUUCAGGAUAAUUAACGAAUCCAAAUAUGUUUGGUCUUUAUUGCUCUAAUUAUGGAAUAUGACCUAAUAUUCGUUAGGAUAUUCGUUGUUCGACUGUAUGAUGAAGCAAGUAAGAUGUCUGCCAUUUAGCAAGUUUAAAUUUAGAAUUUCCUUUGUAAUAAAGUCGUAGGCAGAAAUACAAAUCCUGAACGUAAGCACCGUUCCACCACAGGGGGGAGCCAGCUGACCACGAAGCGCUUAAAACGCCCGAGAGGCUGCUAAAAUAUUUUUUAUUGAGGUCGUGGAUUAAAAAGCACCGUGGCGUUAAUUAGCUGGAUUAAUAUUAUUCUGAUCAUUAAGUGAAUUGUUGGACACCUGGGUUUUCCACGCCAGCCGCAUUUUAACACUCCCCCGCGUGAAGCACGGGACCUCUGUCCUCAGCUGGAUUGGCUCAUAGCACCACUGAUCAGUGUGCUAGCUAGCACCCGGACUCCAGACGCUCCUCGCCGCGGCAGAAGAAGGAGAAAGAUCCACAUAGUUGUGUCGCAGGCCCAGAAAUACGUUAAGGCUCGACUCCCUCCAUGGUUCCCAUGUGAUGGAUCAGUGGUUGUCAGGCUUCGUGAGAAGGCACCAUGCUUCCCUGUCAUGCCAGUCCUUGGCCCCCUGCUGAACCGCCGGCUUCCCGUGGCAGUCAUGGACCUCCAGUGCCGCCGGCGCAGCCUCUUCCUGAUCUACUUUGCAGCUGUAGUGCUCCGUCGUCUCUCAGCACCCACUCCGUGACGCCGUCCCCGGAUCCCAUGGAGUCCCUCAUCGUUGUCACGGAGUAUGAACCCAGCAUGCCACCUAGAGAGGCUGGGGAGGAGGAGGAGGUAGAAGACAUGGACAGCUCUGACACACCUGAACCAGCUUCCUCCAUGGCAGCAACUUUCCGGGCUCCAUCCUGUGACCUGCUCUCCCACACCGUCGGGCAGCCGGAGGUCCUCCUACCGGAAAGCCAGGAGCAAAGAGGGAGAUUAAACCUGUCAGACAGGAAACUGUCUCUGCAGGAGCGUUCACAAACUGCAGCAUCACCCUGCAGCUCACCGGGACUCAACGGGCGCUAUAUUUACCCGUCAUUACCCUAUUCCCCCAUUACGUCACCCCAUUCCUCCCCCCGCCUGCCUCGCCGGCCCACUGUCGAGUCCCACAGUGUUUCCAUCACAGACCUGCAGGACUGUGUUCAGCUAAACCAGUACAAGCUGAAAGACGAGAUCGGAAAGGGCUCAUAUGGUGUUGUCAAACUGGCUUAUAAUGAGGACGACAACACGUACUAUGCGAUGAAAGUUCUGUCCAAGAAGAGGCUGAUGCGGCAGGCAGGUUUCCCACGGAGGCCCCCUCCUCGUGGAGCCAAGACAGCCCCCGAGGGUCCUCCUCAGCCUAAAGGACCCCUAGAGAGAGUCUAUCAAGAGAUUGCCAUACUUAAAAAGCUGGACCAUCCUAAUGUGGUGAAACUAGUAGAGGUUUUGGAUGACCCCAGCGAGGACCAUCUGUACAUGGUGUUUGAGCUGGUUAAGAAAGGGGCGGUGAUGGAGGUUCCAGCAGACAAACCUUUCAGCGAAGACCAGGCACGUUUCUACUUCCAGGAUCUGCUCAGGGGAAUUGAAUAUUUACAUUACCAGAGGAUCAUCCACAGAGAUGUCAAACCCUCUAACCUGUUGGUGGGAGAGGAUGGACACAUCAAAAUAGCAGACUUUGGCGUCAGCAACCAGUUUGAAGGAGCGGAUGCCCUGCUAACGAGCACAGUGGGAACACCUGCGUUCCUCGCCCCUGAAGCACUGUCUGAGACCAGAAAGAACUUCUCUGGAAAGGCUUUGGAUGUCUGGGCCAUGGGAGUCACGCUGUACUGCUUCGUAUUUGGAGUGUGUCCGUUCAUGGAUGAGCGCAUCCUCAGUCUUCAUCAGAAGAUCAAGACGCAGCCUGUGGACAUACCUGAACAUGCCGACAUAUCAGACGAUCUUAAAGAUUUAUUGCUAAAAAUGUUGGACAAGAAUCCAGAGACCAGGAUAUCAGUCCCACAGAUCAAGGUGCACCCGUGGGUGACGAGACACGGUGCUGAGCCCCUCCCUCCAGAGGACGACAACUGUUGUAUGCUAAUUGAGGUGACGGAGGAGGAGGUGGAGAAUUCAGUUAAACACAUCCCCAGCCUGGCGACAGUGAUCCUGGUUAGAACCAUGCUGAGGAAGCGUUCCUUCGGAAACCCCUUCGACUGGGGCCGCAGAGAGGAACGCAGCACUUUGAGUGCUCCGGGACAGACGCUCACCAAAGGCAGAGCAGGCAGUAUGAGAUACUGCUACGUUCACUGUAACCAAAGAAGGAAACAGGAGAGUGGCGACGGCAUGAGGAGCGUGGACCUGCCCUACGUGGGGGAGGAAGAGGCUCUUUCCUGAUAUUAUGCAUGCCAGCAUCUGCCUGCCUGCGACCACACAGCACAAACACCCCUUUACUGGCCGUUUUCGACUGGCAGCCUACACCCACGCGCGUCUCCCGGGAGGUGGACGAGUGUGGCGUGUGCAGAGAACGGGUCGCAGCGAGGCUUCGAAGGCACUUUGACAGCCACUUGCUAAGCCUCAGCUCCGGUUUCCUCUCUCGUGCGGCUUAGCUGGUGGUUGUGGGACUCGCUGCUGUAAUGAGGGAACCUUGAAUCUGCAGCUUUUAUUGGUUGAACCCACUGUCCUCUUCUUCUCCUGCAUGCGUUUAUAGUCCUAGCAUGCUUCGUCUCAGGCUUCAACUGUACAGUUUUGUGUUCUGUCGUAUUUGUGUUUCUCCUUGUCUUUAACUGACGAUACCUUCAGGUACACAGGGCAUAUGAGCAGGGGACGGCAACGGUUUAAUGGUAUGCGAUGGUCGUCUUCACCGGCGCAGAGCAGGUUCCUCUACAAUGAUUGUCUGGUUCACGCUGCCUCAGAGCAGCGGUGCCCAGUUUUGUAACAUAUUUGAGAGUGAGGCUUAUGUACAGUUUUCCCAAAAUGAAAACAAAAUGUUUACUUCACUGAAUGCAUGUGUUUACCUUCCCAAUGCAAGCACUGUAGGUCCUUUUAUUUUUGGUCGUAUUAUAAGCUCUUUAUUAAGUCUCCCAUUUACAAUCAAUGCAACGCUUUGAAGACAUGAUGUAAUGAGCAUCAGAUAUAUUAUUGCUGCAGAGAAUAAUAGCUGUUUUCCUUUUUUCUAAGCUAACGAUUGAGUUCAUUUAAUUAGGUUGCUUUCUACCAGAAACACGAGGAAAGCUGUGUUUUGGUGCAUAAUAAUAAGAGAUUAAAAUAUGUUUUUGUAUUGUUUAAACUGUGAAUCAGUUUUCGUCGAUUGUUGGGACCAACAGUCGUGCGUUGUGAUACCGAGCAACAAACCUCGCACCGUGAAUUUGUUUCACUUCUGAGUGAAUGCACACUCACACUGAAAACAGAUUCAUGUUAAAAAUUGUGAAUGUUCUUACACAUUUAUGUUUUGCAAGAUGUUUUGUGGUGUUAUUUUGAAACCGCACACACACACACACACAUACACACACACACACACAAACAACACCAAAAGAAAACCACUUCUGUAUACUUUUGUAAGUGUAGUUUAAUGCGACGAUGAAGAAACCUUUAAUCUAUCUGUUCUUUAUUGAACUAGCAGAGCUUCCUCCUGCUGAGAGGUUGAGGAUAAAUAGUGCAGCUGCAGACUCUUUGUACAACUCUAUGCAUGACAUAGCUGCAGAGGUGUUGAACAUAAAAACAUUACUUAUCUUUAGAUGGAAAGGCUGCAAACGUUUCUAAUUAACUAUAAAUACCUUCAGUUGUUUUAGCUGAACCCAAAGCAGCACAUUAGCAUUUUCUCAUGUAUUAGUGCAAGUAUAGAUAGACACAUAGUGUCUCUAGUGACCACAGAAUACUUACCCAGUAUUGAUUAUAACCUUAAUGCUUCCACACACUAAUGACUUCAGCACUUAAGUGUUGAAUGUACAAAAAGGGACUUUGGAUUGUUUUGUUUUUUUACUUGCAUGUCACUCUGAACUGUGUGUACUCUAUGUCUGUUUUUAAGACUGGUACUAUGCAUUAUGAUUACGUCUUUUCUCUGUAUGGUGCAAUGGUUCGCUCUGUCAGCGUGCACGCUGUUGAUGAGGAGGGCAUUGAAUUCAUGUUUAUUUACCCUGGUGUCAGAUUUUACUUUGAUUACUCGCACAAAUGCCUCAGUUUGUGUUUCACAUUCUGCUAAACUGACUCUUGGGAGUGAAAUAAUAGAUAAUCUUUCCUUUGGUCCGAUAUAUAUAUAUAUAUUUUUGCCCUCCUAACAGAAGUGAACGGAAGGAUAGCUUGACUGCAGGGUGACAGUGCAAGCCACAAAAAAGCUGUAUGAUAAAUAUUUUAUACAUAUAUUUAAACUUGUAGGUUGUUUUAAUACGGUCUUUUUGCCCUUUCUUAUCAGAGGGACCAGACUACGUGAUUAACCUUUACUGUUCACGUUUUGCAUUCUUAUUAGGAGCUUCGGGGGCUCUUUUCCCCUAAAUGCAUGCCAACACGCAUUGCUGUAUCGUCAAAGCAUGAAAGGUCCUUGAAAACAAGGUGGGACAUUUAAAAUAAAUUAUUCUAUACAUAAUGUAUGUUGUUCAUUAUUUGAAUAAAACUUUAUUGCCUUUC